AUGAGUCGGGCCCGGCGUCAGAUUCUAGGCGCUUGCCUCGGGGUUUUCCUAUUGCUCCUGUUUUACCGCUAUCAUCGCACAAACGACGGCGUUCAUCCCUCGACCACUCCACAGGCUGCACCCGAAGUCAUUCUGAAAUUUAAAAUCAACCCAAAAUAUUUAUGGAGAAAAAUACCCGUGCGAUACCCAGUUACUGAAGUCCAGCAACUACCCGUCACACCGCAAAAGACGCUACCAAAGGUCCAAUCGGCAGACUCCAAAGUAUCCCGUCUCAAUUUGGACACGAGGCAGUCGGCCGCGAAAGAAGCCUUCGAACGAUGUUGGAAGUCAUACCAGUCGCUUGCUUGGGGCGCAGAUGAGCUUGCGCCUCUCAGUGGUAGUCCGAAAAAUAUGUUGGGGAAAUGGGGUGCUACCCUAAUUGACAACCUUGACACACUGUGGAUUAUGGGGAUGCACGAUGAAUUCAAGAAGGCUGUGGCUGUGGUCGCAAAUAUCAAAUUUGAAGAUGCACAGCCCUCCGAAAUUAAUACCCAUGAUUUCAACAUCCAUUUACUCGGAGGCCUGCUGGCGGCAUUUGAUCUCAGCGCUGAUCAGAAAUUGCUAGAAAAGUCCAUUGAGUUGGGUGACAUGCUUUACGUUGCCUUUGAUACCCCAAACAGAAUGCCCAUCAUACAUUGGAAUGCAAAUAAAGCUGCCCACCGAGAGGAGCAGAUUGCGGAGGAGAAUGUACUCGGUGCGGAACUGGGCUCGUUCAUAUUGGAAUUUACAAGGUUGUCUCAGAUCACCGGAGACCCAAAAUACUUCGACGCGGCCCAGCGAGUCAUGGAAUUGUUUGAUACGAAACAGGAUACCACCAAACUGGCAGGGCUGUGGCCUGUCUCCGUGAAUGCCAAAGAAGAGCUUUUCGAUGACGAUACCUUCACGCUAGGCGCCGAAGCCAGCUCUCUAUACAAGUCGCUACCUCGGGCGUACGCAUUGCUAGGAGGGAAAGUGCCCAUGUAUCGCAAGAUGUACGAGAAUGCCACGCUUACAGCCGCAGGCCACAAUGUAUUCCGACCAAUGAACCCCGAGGGCAAGGAUGUGCUCCUUUCUGGUACUGUUAGAGUGGCCAUGACAGAUAAUGGGAAUUCGCAAACACACCUAGAGUCCCAAAUGCGAUACCGAUCUUGUUUUGCGGGAGGUAUGUUUGCACUAGGAGGGGCACUACUCAACAUCCCCACCCACCAAGAAAUCGCCCAUAAGUUGGUUGAUGGAUGCAUUUGGGCUCAUCGGGUCGUACCACUGGGGAUUAUGCCCGAAGCGUUUGACGUAGUUCCAUGUGCAUCGCAGACAAACUGCCCAUGGAGCGAGUGGCUUUGGAAGCAAGAGGUGUGGAAAAAGGCGAACAGUCUCGAGCCAGAACCAAACCCAACUCUGAACGUCGAUAAUUUCAUCAAAGAACACCGUCUGCCCAAGGGGUUCAUCGGAAUCUCGGACACUGCUUAUAACUUGCGCCCGGAAGCGAUCGAAAGCAUGUUUACCCUCUACCGCAUCAGUGGACGCGAAGACCUACUCGAUGCGGCCUGGAAUAUGUUCCAGGCGAUGCAAAGUGCGACGCAGACGAAGAAUGGAAAUGCUGCCAUCGUUGCUGUCACGGAUGAGGGUAGCGAACUGACUUUGAAAGACUCGAUGGAUAGCAUGUGGAUGUCGCAGACACUCAAAUAUUUUUAUCUCAUGUUCAGCUCUCCAGACUUGAUUAGUUUGGAUGAGUUUGUUUUCAACGCUGGAGGGCACCCGCUGAAACGUCCCAAGACAUUAUGA